CAGUCGAUGCUGCAGGAGGACAGCUUCGAUGCGGUUAUCCUCUCCAACAUCGAGCAGAAGGUCGCGUUUCUCAACCAGCGGCGCAAGGCCGAGCACAUCGCCGCCUUCUGCGGUGCAAGUGCGCGAGGAGAGCUGGAGAACAUGAAGAGAUUCCUGAGGAUCGGCAUCCACGUGGACGAGACAGACGCCAACGGCCGUACGGCGCUGCACAUCGCAGCAUGCGAGGGGCAGGUGGAGGCAGUGAAGCUGCUGCUGGGGCACGGAGCGAGCCCAUCGAUCAGAGACAACUACCACAACACGCCUCUCAACGACGCCGUCCGGCACUGCCAUGACGAGAUCGCCGGCAUCCUGCGGGACCAGCAA